AUGAUUUCUAAAUUAAUUGUUAUCGGUUUAACAAUUAUUAUACAUUCAACAUGCGAGCCAGAUCGGAGAGUGAUAACAACGCUGAAAUAUUCCAAAUUUUAUGUUAUACCUACCGUCGUGAACGGAGAACCGGCGGUUAGAGGACGAGUCCCGUUUUUAGUAUCCAUCAAAGAACCAGUGCGAAAAAUCGGGGAGAAAAGGAUCGUUUGGAAAAAUUUAUGCGGGGGAAGUAUUAUAAGCGAAUACAAAGUCCUCACUGCGGCCCAUUGCUUUGAAGGUCACAACUUUUACUAUGCAAAACAUCCAUACCUCCUACGCGUUGUCGCCGGCAGCCUACGCACCGGUUUAACUCACUCGGGCGAUACAGAAACCAAUAUUAUUAGCCAGUGGAGGAAAAUAGGGAAGGUCAUAUUACACGAGCAAUUCUAUUUUCCGAAACACGACAUUGCCCUCGUAUUUGUCAGCGAAGCUUGGAAAUUCACGAGUAACGUGGAUUACGUAACAACUGCUGUGAAAAAUACAGAUUAUGAAGCAACCUGCAUUUCUGCUGGCUACGGCAGAACGGGAUACGGUCUACAGGAUGCCAUUUCUCCAUUUUUGCUGGUGGCGCAAAUCAACAUUUUACCAAAAUGGAGAUGUUCUAUGAUUUGGGAAAUGAACAUGAGUACCUACAUUUGCUCAGAUUCGGCGAUGACUGAUGUUUCGAGGGGAGAUUCGGGGGGACCUUUAGCUUGUAAAGGAACGUUAGACCCUGCUGAAAUACAGCAUAAGGAUUUGUUGGUAGGCGUUGUCAGUGGGAAGAACUUCGACAAGACGACAUUAUUCACUAGAGUGUCUGCGUAUCACGGUUGGAUUCAAAGGAAUAGAAGUUCGAAAGUGCGCAACGAAUUCUCAUAUUUUAUAUUAAAUACAGUCUUAUUUUUAAUAUAUCUGUUGUUUUGA